AUGUUUGUCUUAAACGACGUACAUCUUCUGGAAGAGAAAUCCAAUACCUAUCCUCUACUCCUCAAAUGCAAAUCUCUAGCGAGAAUCAUUAAAGCCAAGAGAAACCCCCCUUGGCCGACAAUCCCGACAAGAGAUCUGCCGGAAAGGCAGGUUUGCGACAAGCUCAUCGACUGCUACUUGAAGACGACGGAGAACAUACACAGAAUUCUGCAUUUGCCGUCCUUUAGGAGGGACUAUGAAGAACUAUGGGAGCCCGGGGCCUUUCCCGAUAUAGCCUUCGUCGUCCAUCUUAAGCUGGUGCUAGCUCUCGGCACAAUCUGCUAUGAUGAAGAGUUCUCCAUGCGACCCUCAGCCAUUCGCUGGGUAUAUGAAGCGCAAACGUGGAUAUCCGAGCCCGAGUUCAAGGCCCGCCUAGGCAUCCAGUUCAUACAGACUCACAUACUACUACUCCUAGCUCGGGAAGCCGUGGGAGUCGCCAGCGAUUCAGUCUGGGUAUCUGCAGGCGAUUUGGUGAGGCGGGCAAUGCACAUGGGCCUGCAUCGAGAUCCGCACCACCUGCCAAAACGAUCCCUCUACGCCACCCAAAUGCACAGGAGAUUGUGGAAUACAAUUCUCGAAAUGCUCUUGAAAAUGAGCCUGUCGUCGGGCGGCCCUCCGCUCAUCUGCCCCGACGACUAUGACACGGAGCCCCCCGGCAAUUUUGACGACGAGCAGCUCAUGACCGAGGGAGUCGAAAAGCCCGAGAGCGAGUACACCAGCAUGUCAAUUGCGCUUGCUCUUCGGAAGACGCUCCACGCUCGUCUUGCGGUGGCGAGCUUCUUGAACGAUCUUACUUCGUGCGGGACGUACGAGAGGACGCUGGAACUCGACGCCGAGUUGCGAUCGGCUUACAAGAUUCUGGUCCACACUCUCCGCGGGUUCAAAUCCAAGCAAGCAACCGGCGAAGCAGCGUACGGCCCUUCUGAUCUGGACCUGCGAUUCGUCGACUUCAUCAUGCAACGACACAUAUCCGCCCUCCACACGCCAUACUUCAUCCCCGCCCUGCGGCAGACGAAAUACGCCGUAUCGCGCAAGCUCGCCAUCGAAGCCACCCUCAAGAUCUGGGCCGCAGCCUUCCCUUCCUCGGCCAUCAUGUCCCACCGCCACAUCCAAGGCCCUUCUUCUUCCUCCUCUUCUUCCGCUUCAUCCACAUCCAGUCUCAGCAACGAAGAUCUCCUCACGCGCCUCUCCCAAAACGGCCCCGGUUUCUACAGAAUGGCCUCCAUGCAGGCCAGCCUGCUCAUCACCGCCGAGCUCGACACGCAGCUGCGCGAAGAGCAGGGUCUCGUGCCGCUACCUCUGCGGGCGGACCUGCUCUCCGUCAUCCGCGAGGCCCAGGACUGCAGCCUGCGCUGCAUCAAGAGCGGCGAGACAAAUGUAAAGGGAUACCUGGUCAGCUGCGUCAUCACCUCCCACAUUGAAGCCAUCAUGCGCGGUGUCGAUCCGAUUGAGAUUCCGCCCUUGUUUCGAAAGGCUUCUGAAGAGGCGAUGGAGCGUUGCGUACGGAUUUUGGAGGAGCGCGCUGGGCAGAGCCAGGAUGUGGGAGCUGUGGAUGAGGAGGAGGAUAUGGGUAUUGGUAUGCGGCAGCAGAGCCCGGAUUGGGAUUUUUUGAUUUCUGACGCCAUGUUUGCGUAUAACACUGGGCUGCAUGAGCCCAUGAAUUGGUUUCUCAGCGAUGGCACUCGCUGA